UUGAUAUACAAGGCUUUCAGCUAAAGAGGGAAGUACCAGAGCUGGUAACGCAUGAGCUCGCGGACUCUUUUUGCAGAUUACGCAGGCCAAAAAUGCUAUACCCUGAUUGAGUCGGAUAUGGAGAUAGAUGCGAUUCUGGAAUCCGCUGAAGAUGCCGCAUUACAUUUCCUAAGCGGAGAGACUGUUGCGAAGGCUGAUAAGUUGGACUCAUUGCAGUUUACAGUUACGUUUGUGUGCAAUGACGGGCAAGAGACAUAUCGGGGCAAUUUUGAUAGCAGUAGCAGCGAGCCUUCAGGAAUUCUACAGGGUAUGGAAAAGACGGUUUGGCUGCAAUGGCUCAAGGAGGUGUUUUUACGAGGCGAAUUUGAUCUUGACUACGAAUUUAAGGUGCUGGAAACAGAAAAGAGCAAAAAAUUUGCAGUCACCAAAGACUUUCGAGGGGUGCCCAAUCGAAUAUUCUUUGAGAUAGAGUGUGAUUUUGUGGAUGGUGAUUUGUUCAAUCUUGGAGACGACAUAGCCAUCAAAUACGAACAAGAGCUGGCGCUCAGGCGACGAAUAAGACAGCUGACGUUGAAAAACGAGCAGCUGCAACAAGAUUUUGAAGAAUGCCAAAAAAUCAAUGAGUACCACGCUAGGUCUAGCCAACGCGUCCAGGAUCAGAUCGAGAAGGUUGUGAUUCCGAUGUUCAAUGAGAAAAAAAGACUGUUGCGAGAGCAAAACAGGGUAUCUGAAUUUGAGCCGUUCGAAAGCAUCAAAAAGGAGAAUCUUAUCAAUUGGCAGCGACCCGACGCUCCCGUGAAGUUUGAUUACAACGAAGAGCAUAAAGACAGAUACCAGCAAGAGAUCGAGCAGAUGUCCCCACGCAAACGUAAGCGAAAGCUGGUUGUUCGCGAGUCGACUCCGGACGACACGAGCGAAACACAGGACGACGACUCUACUAUCUCGACAGACUCAACCAAAUCGGAUAUGUAAUAAAAACACUAUGUACCUGCUUAUUCGAGACCAGGAAGCUGUUUGAACACCUUGUCGGCAGCAGUAACAUCAACCGGGGUGUUUUGAGGCUCCACAAAUUCGGCAACCACUUUGUUGUCGUCGACUGCGAGACAGAACCGUUUUGACCGCACGUUACCGAAAAUCUCAGUGGCGUCAAAAUCCAGGCCCAAUGCUUUGACAAACUCCGCCUUCGAGUCCGCAAAGAAGGAAACGUUUGGCGAUUCAGGCUUCAGACCGAAACUGUUGCGCCAGGCACUCACCACAAAUGGGUCGUUGACACUGAUCACCACGAGAUUUCUGUAACCUUUGGAGAUAAAGUCCGGCAGCUUGUUGAGAUAACCAGGAAUGUGGACCUCGGAGCAAGGGCCCGAGAAGGCGCCAGGAACUCCGACAAUAAGGGCCUGCUUGCCCUUCAAUUCCUUCAAAAUGUCGACCUUAUCAUCAGGGCCCUUUUCAUACAAAGUUGCUGGAGGCAAUUGAUCACCAACUUUGAUC